AUGACAGAAUUACGUAAUCCCGUACGUCUGGUGACAAUCGAGGUAGUAGGCAACCUGUACAGCGACACCCUGUUCCAUCUUUCGCCGAGUUCGGCAAUCAUUGGCCAGCCUCGUUUCUCGCAGGCCGAGUACACCGUUCACGUCGACGAAGGCUUGCCGGCCAACACUCCGUUGCUUCGUCCCUGCGUCUACAGUCCGGGCCUGGGACUGCGCUACACCUGUCCAUCGAAUCCACAGCCAACCUCAGCUCCGUCGUCUUUGGUAGACGAGGCCGUCGGCGUGUCAUCAGUCAGAAAGUUGACCAUUGCCGAUCAGGUCGAGGGACUGGUUGACGAGGCCGACGCAUUUGAGUUCUUCCUCGAGGAGGAAGAAGUGGCGGCAACCGAUGAGGAGAUCGUAGAAGAGGGUGAAGACAACCUUGGCCAGGACGAUCGCGGAGGAGAAGACCAAUUUCUGAACGGAUAUGAGUCAGCUGAUCCAGCCGAAUGGCGAGGAUCAAGCUGGCUGACCCGGGUCGGACCUAGGUCUGGUAGUCCACGUGCCCUGUUUACUAGCCCCGGCCUCGGAACAGCCGCAGCUGGUCCAGCCGUUCGGAUGGCCGGGCAGAGAGGCAAUUUUCAGGUGGACUUAAGCACUGGUCUGGUGUCAACUUUGCUCCCACUCGACUUCUACUCAAGUCGAGAGCACCGUAUUCGUCUGAAGGCUAUCCCAAAAGUGGCUCCAGAACUCUUCAUUGCCUGUCGGUGA